GCGUAAUAAAUAAGUAAUGAUUUAGUAUUUAGGAAAAUUACAGUAAAUUGUGCAGGAAUGCAUAAUAUAGGUGAUCAAUGUUGGCGACAUUGCUCAUAGUUUGUAUAGGUAUAUGUAUAUAUGUUUAUACAGCAGACGUUAUCAGUUAAACAGUCGUCGAAGCUUUUGCUUCUGUCCGGUAUUAGGAAUCUAUGAGCAAUAGAUUGGAGUUCAACGAUAAUACUCUAUCUGUAAUUGAUCCGUGUACUUUAACGGGCAUUUUAUGCUCACCAGAGGCAGUAGGCGUGUCGCGCAUUAUAUUUUUAAUAGGCAAAAAUCGACGAAAAUGGUUAUACGGCAUCACGUAGAGGGUUAUGAGAAUUUUAUUAAAUUUAUGGAAAAUUUCAAAGCUGAUGGACCUAUUCAUAUUCUCUAUAGUGGGACAAAGUUACCUAAUGGAAAUAGUUGGUGUCCUGAUUGUGUUGAAGCUGAACCUGUUAUUGAGAAAGGAUUGAGUGCUGCACCUGAAAAAUCACAUUUCAUUCAUGUAGAAGUUGGAGAUAGACCGUUCUGGAAGGAUCUCAAGUGUCCAUUCCGUACAGAUACAAGGACCAAACUGAAUGUGUUACCUACGCUUGCAAGAUGGGGUACGCAAAAACGCCUAGAAGGUGAUGCGUGCUUAGAUACAGGCCUUGUUGAAAUGUUGGUAACAGACGAAGAUAAUUAGUAUAUGUCAUCCUUUAUUAAUGGAAUAAAUGACGAGCAGGCAAGUCAAUAAGAGUAGCAUAAUUAAGGAUAUAAAAAACCCUUGAUGAAAUCUUAUAAGCUCAAGUGAUUAUAUAUUGAACAUUUAUAACUGAUUCGUAAGGCUGUAUUUAACACAUACAUUUUUACUUAAUAAAAAAUUGAUUUUUUCUAUAA